AUGUCUGAGGGAGCUUACCAGCGCCUGUGGGACUCCUCCCACGUGACCCUGCAAGAGCUGCUGGGCCAGGAGCCGCCCCUGCUGGAGGCCGUCCCGGACCGGGAGCGGCAGUCCUUCCAGUACAGGCUCUCCUCGCUCUACCUGCACUACCUGGGGCUGCUGCGCCGCUUCGACACCCUGUACGACCAGAUCGUGCAGCCGCAGAAGCGGCGGCUGCUGCGGCGCCUGCUGGAUGGCGUUGCGGGCCGCGUGCUGGAGCUCAAGGAUGACCUGGUCCGCGCCGACCUGUGCGAGACCCACUGCCUGGACCGCGUGCUGCAGGACCUCACGCUCACCCCCAAGGCAGACCUGGAGGUUCCAAUUCCCAAAUAUUUCCUGCUGGAGCAGCCCAAAAUUCUGAAGGAGCGAGGGCUGAUGCUGGCAGAGAUCCUGUCCAGAAUGGAACCUGAGCCCUCCCAAGAGAGCUACCCAGGGAUGUCCCGGACUGAGGCCAUAAUCAUACUGCAAAAGACAGAACGAGCCCGGCAAGGUCGACUCCGUGCCGCCUUCAUGCGGGAGAUCCGCAAAGACGAGGAGCGGGACCGGAGGAUUCUGGAGGAGGGGCGCUUCAAGUUCAGCCAGGACGGCGCCGCUGUCAUCAUACAGAAGCUGUGGAAAGGUUACAUGCAGCGGAAACACACCCAGCACGACCGGCAGACGGAGAUGGAGCUGAUCGGCAUGCUCCCCUCGGCCAGCCAGGAGCACACGGACAUCAUGUUCAAGGCCGACUUCGGGGAGGAUGUGCGGCGGCUCCGGCAGGUGGAGAAGGAGCAGGAGUUCCAGACGGCCAUCACCAAGGCCUACAACUCGCUCCGGGAGACGGAGGGGCCCGACAUGAAGGAGCGGAUGAAGGAGCAAGUCCGACAGUGGUUCAUCGAGUGCCAUGACCUCACGGGCCGAUUCCCGGAUUAUCCACAAGAGUCGAUAGGUGGAUCCCACGUGAUCUUUGCAGACAAGACGCCAGAACAGGUGAAGAUGGAACUGGAGGGGCAGGUCCAGGAUGUCAAGAAAAAGACCCAAGAGAAAAACACAGGGCAAGAGAAGGAGAAAAAAGGGAAGAAGAAGAAGGAGAAGACCCGGUGGGGGGAAGCAGACACGGUGCUGAAAGUGCUGCCGUCCAGAUUUGUCCCCGUCAUCAGCGCUGGGCACCAGGAGUACCUGAAUCUGUGGAAGAACCGGCUUGAGAACAUACACCCCAGUCAGAACUUCGAUGCUGAGAUCCUCCGGCUGGAGAAGAGGAAGGAAGUGGAGCAGGAGAUCCGGAUACAGGUGGAUGAGUUGAUGAGACAAGAGCUGAGGAACCUGCGUCUGGUCGUGGACAAGGAGGAGGGGAGACCCUUGAAGGACCCCAAGAACAAGACCGGGAAGAAAACUGGGAAGAAGAAGAAGGAUAAAGAUCUGACCUUAAACAGGUCCGUGGAAUCUCUGUUUGAGGAGCUGGUCAUCCAGGGCUUUCUGAAGAAGAGCGAGAGGGUGCCCUUGAGCAGCUACAUUGGUGACUGCCUCUACCUCGGGACCACGCUGAACCUGGCAAACAAGCUGCCGAUGCCGUCCCUGUUUGACAUACGACAGAACGUGGCCUUGUAUGGGGUCCUUCGGCUUGGCUCCCCAGAUAUCCAUGCCAUGGCUCCCCUCAUCCGCUCCAUCCUCCUGGUGGGCCCUUCGGGCAUGGGGAAGAAGAUGCUGGUGAAGGCUGUGUGCACAGAAACCGGUGCCAACCUGUUCGACCUGUCGCCCAGCAACCUGCAGGACAAAUUCCCGGGCAAGGCCGGGGUGCAGAUGCUGGUGCACAUGGUCUUCAAGGUGGCUCGGCUCCUCCAGCCCUCUGUGAUCUGGAUCGACAACGCCGAGAAGAAUUUCUACAAGAAGGUCCCCAAAGAAGAGAAGGAGAUGGACCCGAAACGCAUCAAGAAGGACCUCACCAGGGCCAUGCGGCAGCUGGCCCCGGGCGACCGCGUGAUGCUGAUAGGGACCAGCAGGCAGCCGCAGCUGGCCGACAUGAAGGCGCUGUGCCGGACCUACGAGCGCAUCCUCUUCAUGCCGCGGCCUGACUACGCCUCUCGCUACGUGCUCUGGAAGCAGAUGUUAGAGGCCCACAAAGUCCAGGUGACCAAGAGCCUGGACAUCAGCUCCCUGGCCAAGGUGACGGACGGCUACACGCCCGGGCACAUUCACCAGGCCAUCCAGGGGGUGCUGACGGACCGCAGGCUGCUGCUCCUGGGCAGGCAGCCCCUGGCGGCCUCCGAGUUCCUGGGCCACCUGGUCAAGCAGGAGCCGGUGUACAGGGAGGAGGAGGAGUCCCUGAAGGACUGGUACUUCAAGACCCCUCUGGGCAAGAAGAGGCUGAAACUCAGCAGUGACCAGGACACUGAGGACAGCAAGCUGGCAAAGAGGAGAAAGUGA